UUCCAUUGUCAACAAAUCGUCGCAAAACACGAAUCGUUCUCUUUUUAUUAGCAAUUUUAGACGAAUUUACACGAAAAAGCAAGUAAAAAAUCAUGGUAACUAUCGGGCGAAUCGACAACGUAAACGAAGGGCAUGUCUUCACAGCGGAAAACAUGAUGCUCGAGAUAAACAAGAACAAAAUUCCUCGACCAGGCAAGCUGAUAUUACUCGAAAGUUCCUUAAACUUUUGCCUGAACGACACACAAGAAGGUCUCUCAAUUCCAUGGCCCCGUAUCGGUUUGCAUGCAAUUCAGAACAAUAAUGGGCUUCGCAGCAUUUAUUUCAUGAUCAAUUUGGAAGUUGCAUGGCCCGGCGUUUACGAGAACAAUGUGCACAACAAUGGAAACGCCGUCGAUGAUCCCGAUGAGAAUGACGAAGGACACGAAUCUGAUACGGAAGAACCUAUGACGGAGUUUUACGUUGUUCCAAUUAAUACGGCGGAACAAGAUAUCGUCGAGGCAAUCUUCAAUUGGAUGAAACACUGCCAGAGCUUGCAUCCAGAUCCCGAUGAUAGCAUUUCAGAGGAAGAUUUUAUGGAAGCUGAAGACGAUGAUGGCGAAGCGAGUGCUGAAGGAGUUAGAAAUUUGCAUAUUGAUGAUGAAGAAAAGUUUGCUGAUGCGGAAGAAGAUGAAUAGAAACGAUGACAAGAAGACUGUCGACAACUCAACCGAACAUUUCCUUCUAACACAUUUAUUAUUAUUAUUAUUAUUACUAUUUUUAUUUAUAAUUUGGCAACUUUAAUAAAGUCAGAAUUGAGUAUGAAUAUCGUUAAUGUAA